AUGGUUACAUCAGCCACGGACCGUCGUCGUCUGGCUGGUGUGGAUGGUGCGGGAUUGGGAGCGACCGCUGUGAAGGUACGGAUCACCACUUGGCUCACAGGAAUGCCCAGAGCAUCUGCCACCCGUUGCUUGAACUCGGCCACCGCUGCAGCAACAGCUGCCUACGUCAAGUGGAUCGAUCGCACCAUGCAGUCAGUCGUUCAAGGCCACCGCAAUCGCGCGAGCUGGCAGCUGGACCAGGCUCGCAGCCGCGGCGCGUGCGCGUCCAAUGUCCGCGUCUGCCGAUCCUCGGACAUCUGUCAUCUAUACGACACGCUGCCGCGGUUGUAUAAUUUCGCUCGCAGCCGGAUGGAUUCGCCGGACCCCAAGCGGCAACGCCUAGAGCCUACAUCGUCCUACAAUCUGCGAUGUCGCACCCUGGUGACCAGCAGUAGUAUCGACCCACCGGACGCCAAGCGUCAGAGGCUGGACACGGCUGCGUCCCAGAGCAGCACGUCGACGGUCGGCCCUCCCGCCGUCGCCACGGAUUCAAGGAGCGUCACGUUUCAUGUGACGUUUACGGCCGGCCCCACAGAAACGAAUGAGGACCGCCUCUUUGCCGGCGCCCAGAGCCGCUACGGCAGCUUCAUCGCUGGCGUGAAUACCGCCGGCCAGGGGAUUGACGAUGUCAUCCUCGGCAGGCUGGAGAGCAGCCACGCGUUCGGCCACCGCGUGACGUUCGCCAACGUGGAUGCAGCUUCCCUGCCGCCUUUCAUAACUUCUCGUUUCGCUGGGGUGACGGUGGGGCAGUUUAAAGUCUCCUCAGCGACGCGGAUUUCCGUGGAGCCCUCCUCCGCUGUCCCAAUGCUCUACAGCGCCAGGCUUCGGUUCCCCGUUUACGAUGUCGGCAGCGACAGGGCUCGCCCCGAAGACAAGCACGCGUCGGAUGGCAGCGCCCUCCUGCUCAUCCCACACGGCGGGAUGUUCCGGGGCGGGCCGUUCCGCAAGUUUAAGGCGUGGGUCGCGUGCGGCAACGGUGACAGUCCCGACGCCGGACGCGUGGAGCUCGCCAUCAGGGAAUCCGCUCCCGACGACUUCGUCGCUCAGCUACAAGCAGCGGCCGAUAGCAGCACGCCCCUUUACGUGUAUGGUGCCAAGAUCAGCCCCUCCAAUAGCAAAGCUUAUAUGAAUAGCGUCUUCCUCAGCGGCUCGCUUGUAGCAGCAGCGAGUGCCCCCGGCAAACGCCCUCCCAAACGAGUGCACACCUUCCAGGCGGCUGUUCAGCGAACUACCGCGGCCACCGUGCCCGCCGACACAACUGAUAUGGUAUUGGCUUGGGAGCAGCGUAGCCGCAGUGCCCUUGUUUUACCGUCGGAUGGUCCACACACCUCGGCCACCCUGUCACCCAACCCCACUUCUGUCACUGUAGUCGGCUCACUACCGGUCCUCCCGCUCGUCCUCACAAUCGGCAGCCGCAGUUAUCCGGUGUGCACCGACAGCAUCGCCGUCAUGCAACAGUUGCCGAACUACGACGAGUUCUUCGGCAGCGCCAGCUUCGCAGACGAUAAUGAUCGUAUGGCGUACGCUGCUUACGACUCGUUCACCGUCACCGGUACCAUCACCACCAAGACAGAAGGGCUGGGUGCAUUCCGUGCACUUGUGGGUUCGACUCCCACACAAGUUGGCGGCGUCCCUCGCAUCUACACUGGUUUGCAUGUGUUGAAGCUGCUGCUCCGGCAAGCCUUCGUGCUGUUCUCUUCGGUGUCCUCCGUUAGGCGCGUCGCUCGCAGCCGGAUGGAUUCGCCGGACCCCAAGCGGCAACGCCUAGAGCCUACAUCGUCCUACAAUCUGCGAUGUCGCACCCUGGUGACCAGCAGUAGUAUCGACCCACCGGACGCCAAGCGUCAGAGGCUGGACACGGCUGCGUCCCAGAGCAGCACGUCGACGGUCGGCCCUCCCGCCGUCGCCACGGAUUCAAGGAGCGUCACGUUUCAUGUGACGUUUACGGCCGGCCCCACAGAAACGAAUGAGGACCGCCUCUUUGCCGGCGCCCAGAGCCGCUACGGCAGCUUCAUCGCUGGCGUGAAUACCGCCGGCCAGGGGAUUGACGAUGUCAUCCUCGGCAGGCUGGAGAGCAGCCACGCGUUCGGCCACCGCGUGACGUUCGCCAACGUGGAUGCAGCUUCCCUGCCGCCUUUCAUAACUUCUCGUUUCGCUGGGGUGACGGUGGGGCAGUUUAAAGUCUCCUCAGCGACGCGGAUUUCCGUGGAGCCCUCCUCCGCUGUCCCAAUGCUCUACAGCGCCAGGCUUCGGUUCCCCGUUUACGAUGUCGGCAGCGACAGGGCUCGCCCCGAAGACAAGCACGCGUCGGAUGGCAGCGCCCUCCUGCUCAUCCCACACGGCGGGAUGUUCCGGGGCGGGCCGUUCCGCAAGUUUAAGGCGUGGGUCGCGUGCGGCAACGGUGACAGUCCCGACGCCGGACGCGUGGAGCUCGCCAUCAGGGAAUCCGCUCCCGACGACUUCGUCGCUCAGCUACAAGCAGCGGCCGAUAGCAGCACGCCCCUUUACGUGUAUGGUGCCAAGAUCAGCCCCUCCAAUAGCAAAGCUUAUAUGAAUAGCGUCUUCCUCAGCGGCUCGCUUGUAGCAGCAGCGAGUGCCCCCGGCAAACGCCCUCCCAAACGAGUGCACACCUUCCAGGCGGCUGUUCAGCGAACUACCGCGGCCACGGUGCCCGCCGACACAACUGAUAUGGUAUGGCCUUGGGAGCAGCGUAGCCGCAUCGGCUCACUACCGGUCCUCCCGCUCGUCCUCACAAUCGGCAGCCGCAGUUAUCCGGUGUGCACCGACAGCAUCGCCGUCAUGCAACAGUUGCCGAACUACGACGAGUUCUUCGGCAGCGCCAGCUUCGCAGACGAUAAUGAUCGUAUGGCGUACGCUGCUUACGACUCGUUCACCGUCACCGGUACCAUCACCACCAAGACAGAAGGUCGAACAACGUUCAUCACGGCUCUGCAGGAAUGA